AGUUAUCCGAAUUAGCUACCCACUGACUCUGCAUCACGUCACCCCGACUUAAUGCUCAGCGGGACAUUUAUUUCAGUCUCAUGUGUCUUCUGUGUUUAUUGUCUGUCUCUGGAGUGUCCGCUCCACGGGGCAAUAACCGUGUUUUGCCGGCGGAGUAUCGGGUUCCCGGCGCCUAAGAACCGCCGGGCCCGGAGGCAGUAGGUCGUCACAUUUGCUGAAUGACUGAACUCUGUUCUGGGCCCUGGAAGAACAGACCGGCCUACCCGCCUGCCGGGGCGGGGCUUGCUCAGGCCACGCCCACUGGCCCGCCCCAGCUCUAGCCCGCCCCUCCCCCUCCUCCCCCAGGAGUCAGCCGGGGCUGCGCGGCGCUGUUCCCGCUGGCCUCCUUCGCUCUUUCUGCAGCUGUUGCGAAAACCCGGAGCCGCGGAACCUCAGAGCGGCGGAGCGGCGCCGCCCCUCGCGGCACCUCCCCGCAGCCCUCGGCGGCCGCGCUGGGCAUGCUCAGUCGGCAGGGCCGCUUCAGCUGUCGGAGCAGGAAGCUUGGGCGCUCCGGCUGUAAGGAGCCGCGGCGGGGGGAAAAUGGAGCCCUUCACCAAUGAUCGGCUUCAGCUCCCCAGGAAUAUGAUUGAAAACAGCAUGUUUGAGGAAGAACCAGAUGUGGUGGAUUUAGCCAAAGAGCCUUGUUUACAUCCUCUAGAGCCUGAUGAGGUGGAAUAUGAGCCCCGGGGUUCACGACUGCUGGUGCGGGGUCUCGGUGAGCAUGAGAUGGAUGAGGACGAAGAGGAUUAUGAGUCAUCUGCAAAGCUCCUGGGCAUGUCCUUUAUGAACAGAAGCUCAGGCCUGCGGAACAGUGCAGCCGGCUACAGGCAGAGCCCAGAGGGGACUUGUUCACUACCUUCUGCAAGGGCCAUGGUGGUGUGUGCUUCUGUCAUUGUGAUUGCUGUUUCUGUAAUCAUGGUAAUUUAUCUACUGCCCAAAUGUACCUUUACCAAAGAAGGCUGCCAUAAAAAAAACCAAUCGUUGGAACUAAUUCAGCCACUUGCAACAAAUGGGAAGUUGUUUCCAUGGGCACAGAUCAGGCUUCCCACUGCCAUUAUGCCUCUACGCUAUGAACUUACCCUACAUCCAAACCUAACCUCGAUGACAUUCAGGGGUUCUGUGACGAUUUCACUUCACGCUCUUCAGCCCACAUGGAAUAUCGUUCUUCACAGCACAGGCCAUAAUAUUUCAAGAGUGACAUUUAUGUCAGCAGUUUCAAGCCAAGAAAAACAAGUUGAGGUCCUGGAAUAUCCAUUUCAUGAACAAAUCGCCAUUGUUGCCCCUGAAACCCUUCUUGAAGGACACAACUAUACCUUGAAGAUAGAGUAUUCGGCAAAUGUAUCUAGUUCUUACUAUGGGUUUUAUGGCAUCUCCUACACAGAUGAAAGUAAUGAGAAAAAGUACUUUGCGGCAACUCAAUUUGAACCCCUGGCAGCGAGAUCUGCUUUUCCUUGUUUUGAUGAACCAACAUUUAAAGCCACAUUUCUCAUCAGGAUCAUAAGGGAUGAGCAAUACACUGCUUUAUCAAAUAUGCCUAAGAAGUCAUCAGUCAUUGUGGAAGAUGGACUUGUUCAGGAUGAGUUUUCUGAGAGUGUGAAGAUGAGUACUUAUCUGGUUGCUUUUGUUGUGGGGGAGAUGAAGAACCUGAGUCAGGACGUAAAUGGAACUUUGGUUUCUAUAUAUGCUGUACCAGAAAAGAUUGGUCAAGUUCACCAUGCCUUGGAAACAACUGUGAAGCUUCUUGAGUUUUAUCAAAACUACUUUGAAAUUCAAUACCCACUUAAGAAAUUGGAUUUGGUGGCUAUUCCUGACUUUGAAGCAGGAGCAAUGGAAAAUUGGGGCUUGCUUACCUUCCGAGAAGAGACCCUUCUGUAUGACAAUAAUACUUCUUCAGUGGCAGAUAGAAAACUGGUUACUAAAAUCAUCGCUCAUGAGCUGGCCCAUCAGUGGUUUGGUAAUCUGGUAACAAUGGAGUGGUGGAAUGAUCUGUGGCUAAAUGAAGGUUUUGCUACUUUCAUGGAGUAUUUCUCUUUGGAAAAAAUAUUUGAAGAGCUCGCCAGUUAUGAAGAUUUCUUAGAUGCUCGAUUUAAAACCAUGAAGAAAGAUUCCUUGAAUUCAUCUCAUCCAAUAUCAUCAUCAUCUGUUCAGUCUUCAGAACAGAUUGAAGAAAUGUUUGAUUCUCUUUCCUAUUUUAAGGGAGCCUCUCUCUUGUUGAUGCUGAAAACUUACCUUAGUGAAGAUGUGUUUCAACAUGCUGUUGUUCUUUACCUGCAUAAUCAUAGCUAUGCAGCCAUUCACAGUGAUGAUCUGUGGGAUAGUUUUAAUGAGGUCACAAACAAAACACUGGAUGUAAAGAAAAUGAUGAAAACCUGGACCCUGCAGAAAGGAUUUCCUUUGGUGACUGUUCAAAGAAAAGGAAAGCAACUUCUUGUACAACAAGAAAGAUUCUUUUUAAAUGUGAAGCCUGAAAUUCAGCCUUCAGAUGCAAGCUAUCUGUGGCAUAUUCCACUAUCCUGUGUCACUGAAGGAAGAAAUUAUUCAAAAUAUCCAUUGGUACUAUUACUGGACAAGAAAUCAGGUGUCAUCAAUCUUACAGAAGAAGUGCAGUGGGUCAAAGUCAAUACAAACAUGAGUGGCUAUUAUAUUGUACAUUAUGCAGAUGACGACUGGGAAGCACUAAUCAAACAGUUGAAAACAAAUCCUUAUGUCCUCAGUGACAAAGACCGAGCCAACCUCAUCAACAACAUCUUUGAACUUGCAGGCCUAGGCAAGGUGCCUCUUCAGAGGGCCUUUGAUUUGAUUGAUUAUCUUGGAAAUGAGACCUCUACCGCACCCAUCACUGAAGCCCUAUUCCAAACGGGCCUCAUCUAUAACCUCCUUGAAAAACUGGGAUACAUGGAUCUGGCCUCAAGACUGGUGACCAGGGUAUUUAAAUUGCUUCAAAGCCAAAUCCAACAGCAAACGUGGACUGAUGAGGGCACCCCAUCUCUUCGAGAGCUUCGGUCAGUCUUGCUAGAAUUUGCUUGCACCCACAGCCUAGAGAACUGCAGCACUACUGCCAUGAAACUAUUUGACGAUUGGGUGGCAUCCAAUGGAACUCAAAGCCUACCUACUGAUGUCAUGACUACUGUGUUCAAAGUUGGAGCAAAAACUGAACGAGGCUGGUUAUUCCUCUUAAGCAAGUACAUCUCUAUAGGCUCUGAAGCAGAGAAAAAUAAAAUACUUGAAGCUCUUGCCAGCUCAGAGGAUGUACGGAAACUUUACUGGUUAAUGAAAACUAGCCUCAAUGGAGAUAUCAUCCGAACACAAAAGCUGUCAUUUGUCAUUAGAACAGUGGGCCGACGUUUUCCUGGACACUUACUGGUGUGGGAUUUUGUCAAAGAGAACUGGAAUAAGCUUGUACAGAAGUUCCAUCUGGGGUCCUAUACCAUGCAAAGUAUUGUUGCCGGGUCAACUCACCUGUUUUCAACAAAGGCACACUUGUCUGAGGUCCGGGCAUUCUUUGAAAAUCAGUCAGAGGCAACCUUUCGGCUGCGCUGUGUCCAGGAGGCUUUGGAGGUCAUUCAGUUGAAUAUCCAGUGGAUGGAGAAGAACCUUAAAACUCUGACGCAGUGGCUGUAGCACACACCCCGCACGUCCUCUUGUCGCCCAUUCAGAGAGCUUGUGGACUUGGGCUCUGCUGCUUUUGCAAAAGCCCAGGUGAAGCCAGGAUCGCUGCCGAGUUGCUUGCACUCUCAGGAGUUCUAGUUAGCUCAGGGCCCGCCUGUGUGUUUCAUCUGUCUUGUCUGAAACGUCUUUGGGCAGUAUGUAAUUAUUUAUUACAAAAUUAUCUUCACCUAUAUGCCAACCAUCUACAAAAACAAUGAGUAAUUUUUCUACUUUGAAGAUACUCAAAUGGGGAAAAAAUCUGUUUUGGGAUUCUAUUCUAUUUGUCAGUAUCUGGAAAGUACUGACAAUGUGAAACAAGAAAAGAUCUCCCAUAGGAGCCACCAACUGUGCAGGCUGCUGGUUUGUCAGCCAUUUGUUGCUUCUUGUUGAUAGAUGUUAUAUGAAUGUGGUACAAAGUUAGCUUCAAAAUGUAUGGUGAUGAGGUCGAUGAAGCACGCAGCGGUAGAGAACUGAUCUCAGGUGUGCAGAUCUACUUUGGGGGUUUUGAUUAAUCCUUUAUUUUCUGCAAAAGUUUAAAUAAGAUCUUCAACUGUUAUAUUGUUUUCUGCUGAAUAGCCAGGUGCUACAGAAUUUUUAAAUUUUUGUUGUAUUAAAAAGCUAAAUAGCAAGGCCAAAAGAUUACAUUUUCCAAAUAUUUAACAUUUUCUUUUUCAUCUGUUAGGAAAACAUUUCAAUCUGAGUUAGCUUUAAUUAUCUUAUUCAUGAAUUACAAUAUUCUCCAAAUGAGUACACCUUUAUCACUCCCUACCCUAGAUACACCUUAUGUUAUAAAUAAGUUUUUUUUACAUUUAUGGCAAGCAUUUUGUUAAGACUGGUGUGUUUUAUCAUGACUAUCACUAUUGCUAAGCAUACAGUUUGUUUAAGUUGCCUUUUGGCAUGAUAGAUCAUGGACACUUUCUCUCUGAAUCAUACCCAUGGGUGGAUUUUCGUUUUAUAUGAUAGAGUAGCAUAUUAGAAGCAUAUUUUAGAAUAGGGCCUUUGAGAAAUUCACCCUUUUUGUUUGAAGUUCACCAUAGUACCUUAAAGAAAUAAAGGGAAUGUGGGAUAGGAGUAACUUGAU